ACCGCAGGCAAGAAGGCCAUUUUCCAUUUCAGUCGCCGCCACCCUUGCAACAUGCAGUUGCCAACACCUCGCAUCGUCAACGGGCCCGCGCUCUCGCUCGUCGGCGUCCAAGCUCGCUUCGACGUGGACAAGACAUCGGGCAUUGAGACGCUCUGGCGCUCGCUGCCGACCGUCGACCAAGUCACCUACGGCGUAAGCUACGACUACGACGACGGCUCGUUCAUGUAUCUCUGCGCGACGGACGCGGCGGAGACCAAGGCGUCGGACAAUACUGCAGCAAACUCAACGCUUUCGCUGCCAUCCGCCAUGUAUGCUGUCUUUGCCCACGAAGGCAGCACCCGUGAGAUCGGGCUCGUAUGGCGCGCGCUUCGGGGCUGGCGCGACGGCAAUUUGGCGCGCGUGCCUGGGGCGCCGGCGUUCGAAAAGUACAGCGCGACGUUCGACCCGACGUUGCGUGGUGGCGUCGAGAUUUGGCUUCCCGUGCAGACAGCAGAAACCUGUGCAUAA